GAGAGAAGUGCCAGGAAAACAAAGCACAGGUGCAGCCCAGGCAGUCAACUCCCAGAGAUCUAAAGGCUAGAGGCACAGAUACACAGGUAUAAAAGAACCAGACUAAACCCAGAGUCUCAUACAGAGACCAAGACAUGAUGAAGCUUCUACUGCUGACCUUGGCUUUGGGGUGUGCAGCGGCUGUUCCAGUGGAGGAGGAUGGGGCGUUGUUGCAGGAAGUUUGCCAACCCCACUCCAGACCCUGGCAGGUCUACCUGUGGAACACUGAGGUGGGCUGGUAUGGGGAAGAAAGGUGUAGUGGUGCCCUCAUCAACGAGUGGUGGGUGCUUACCGCCUGGAACUGCUUUGUCGAACCUGGCCACACUAUGGUUUCUCUGGGGGAGCAUGACCUGACAGUGGAGGAAGGGACAGAGCAACACAUUGGGGUGGCCAGAUAUGUGCAGCACGAGCCGUACGCACGAGGCCCCUCACACAGCCUGGCAAUGGUGAAGCUGGCAGAGCCUGCACGGUUCACUCAGCAUGUCAUGCCCGUAGCCCUACCCACACGCUGCACUCAGCUCCACGAGAAGUGUCUGGUCAGCGGCUGGGGUUCCACCGUACCGGGACAGGACGAGCCCAAACUAAUCCUGAAGUGUGAAACACAGCGGGUCAUUGAGGUCAAGAUGUGCCAGAUAGCCUUUCCUCUUUAUUGGAUUGAACACGCUUUCUGUGCUAAAACCAUCAUCUCAACCGACAACUGCCUGUCUGACCAGGGCAGUACUGUGGUGUGUGGGGGUGAGCUACAGGGGUUGUUCUGGUCCGGUUCUUCUGACGUUGGUUUGUACACCCGCCUGUGCUUGUACCUUGACUGGAUCAGUGACGUCAUGAACACCCCUGAUCCUACACCUGAACCUGUGUGGACCACCGCAGCAGCAGCUACAACAUGGUGAUUGAAAAGAAAAACAAUAAAGUAAUAUGUACUGAAA